AUGGCCGGCUCCGAGGCUGAGUGGGUAACCAUUGCAAACAACCUUCUUCUGAAGUGUCAUAUACACCUGAGGAUACAUGCCCUUGAAGACUGUGACUCUAAUGUGUUUAUUGCUCUUUAUCAAUCUAUUUUGGGAGAAAAGGUACCAGAUCUCAUAGUCAUUCCCAGGAGUCUGGAGGACGACGCACAUAAUGUACAAGCAAUAAUUGAUUCACUCGCCUUGGAUUACCUCCAGAUCAGCUUAUCUCACAUAACAGGAGAAAACAUAGUGAAAGGAGAUAAAGAGUCAAUUAAGAAUCUCCUCGAGAUUUUUGACGGGUUGCUGGAAUACCUUACAGAGCACAUCAGUGAGACGUCUCAUGAGAAGAGUGACACUGGUCAGCAUUUUAAAGAACCACUUGAAAGAGAACUUCUAGAAGAGCCAGAAAGUACUAAAGAAUCAUGGAAAAGAGUUUCUUUUGGAAGGUGCUCCCUGUCUGAGGCGUUGGGCCGCUCGUGGGAUGAUGAAGAAGCAGAGUCCACUGGUGAAACAAUUAGACUUGGGGAAACAGCACAUACUUUUUCUCUAAGAAGUAAUGGUGCUCAAGAGUCUGAUGAAAUGCAACCUAAAAACCCUCCAGCUUCACCAAGAUCUGACUCCCUGGAAGACGCUGUGAACCUGCCCACUAGCUUUGUGCCCACCACCAGUAGGACAGCUUUUAUUGAGGAUAUGGAAAUUCCUUCUGUGAGUAUGACUUCAAGUGCCAAGAAGCUAGGGGAGCCAAUUCGAUCAGCUAUUCCCUUACUUCCACCCUACCACCCGUCAGAGGCUCGCACACCCUACCCUGUAGGAAGGGAAUACUUGAGUGCAACUCAUUACUCUUCUGCCCCGGAUUCCACUGGAGAGCACACAACACUUUCUGCGGAACCCAAUGAUACCAUUUUCUUAACACCCAAGCUGCCUAAAAAUAGUAAGCAGAGAACAUAUUUGUCUCCGACCCAAAGCCCCAGGACAAGGCGGCUUUCCAAAGGGAAAAGAUAUGAGAACAGAUCUGCAGUUUCAUCCUGGGAUUCACCUGUUUGCCAGAGGCUAAGAAAGAAGUUAACUGAAGAAGACCUGCACACAGUAUCAGAGAAACUCUCUCAGCGGCUCUCAGAACUAGACUGGAUGUUAAAAAGUGCCCUGGGUGAUCGAAUUAAAGAAAAGACUACCGACCCAGAAGAAAAUGUGGGGAAUGAAGAGGAGGAGCGUGGCACUGGUGAGACACUGUCUCAGCACAGUGACAGCGUCAUGGAUUACGGGCCCAGGAAGCUGCAGCGGCCAGGACUUCUCAUGCAUAAAAAGUCACCCUGUAGAUCCCAUUCACUUUCCCCAGCUCCAGCUCAUAGGCACAAACAGAGCCAUGUACAGGAAAUAGCAAAGCAGCGAAAACGAAAAGAAAAAGAGACCCGCCAAUUCCAAGCAAAGGCAUUAACGGAUGCAUUUGAAAGGGAAUUAAGAAGAAAUAAAGUUCAAGAGAAUAUUGGACCUCUAGGGGUAAAUGGCGAGAAGGCAGAAACAGAAAAAGUACACAGAAAAGCUGUUCACAAAGGAACACCAAAACCUGGUGAGCCUUGCAAGAUUUACUCUAGAAAAACCACAAGUCCAAGAAGAGGUGUCCCAAAGCCAAAUAAAGCUGUUUCAAUGGAAGUAAACGAACAGACUCUUCUGCCCUUGAUGCUGGAACAGUUUCCAUUUCUCUAUGUUUCUGGCCAAACAUUAAGCAAAAUGUGGAAGCAGCAAAUUGCACAGGUUGAACAGCUCAGAAAAGAGGCACAUGGAGAAAAUCGGUCAAAGAAGAAACUCCAGGAUGAAAUAGAAGAAGCCUUGAAAAGGCAUGACCUGCUCACUGCACUUGUCAAGAAAGAAUACGAACAUAACAAGAGACUACAAGACUUCCGGGAUCGCAUUAAUAGGCAGAGGUUAACUCAAUCAAAGAUAAAAGAAAAUCGGCAGCAGAUUGUUCGUGCCCGGAAAUACUAUGAUGACUACAGAAUUCAGUUGCGUGCAAAAAUGAUGAAAAUGAGGACCCGGGAAGAAAUGGUAUUUAAGAAACUAUUUGAAGAAGGUUUACAAAUUCAGAAACAGAGACUACGGGACCUGAGAAACUAUGCUAAAGAAAAGCGAGAUGAACAGAAGAGACAGCACCAAAACGAACUGGACUCGAUGGAGAACUACUAUAAGGACAAGUUUUCUUUGCUGGCAGAGGCCAUAUCUCAAGAACGUCAGGAACUCAAAGCCAGAGAGAAAUCCCAGGCGCAGACGUUACGUAAGGUGAAAAGGGAGCUGAGGUUGAAAAUGGAGAAGGAAAUCCAGCAGCUGCAGGACAUGAUAACACAGAAUGAUGAGGAUGCUUUCUUCCGGGAACUAGAAGCUGAGCGGUUCAAAUCUCGACUCCAGCUGGCUUCUUUUCAGUACAGUAAAAAUCCCUUACUAUGA